CCUUUCUUCAACUCGGGCUCCCACCAUUUUAAAAAAAUGUUUUCCCAGACUGCCUGGGAUUCUUUCUCUGUGUGCAGAGUUCAGUGAAUCAGUUUAACAGGCUAGUCUCAACAGUAGUGCAGCCUGUGUCGUUUAGCUGUAGGCAGUUUGUUCCAGCGUGUCUGUGUGUGCUUUUCUAAAGUAAGCCACUCAUCUGUGGGGAGGCUGCUGUUCAGAGAACAUUGAAAGCCAUUGUUUCCUGGCAAUCUUUACCUGAGAAGACAGGUGUAGUAUUCUUGGAGAAUUGGUUCCCAGCUCCCACCUUUUGUGUUGUCCUGUCUGCUUGCUCCACCACACUUCAGGAAAGACACGAGCUGAGCCGCUGGAAGGCAAUUGCUCUGGCGAGCGCAAAAGAGAGACAGCAUGCACUGCUUCUGCCUGGAACAUGCAAGGACCUCUCGCCUAAACUAUGCUAACCGAGAAAUCUAUCAGAGAGAAGCCGGGGGAAUUUUCUCUUGAGAACUGGAAGGGACGAAGAAAAGGACAUCUGUUCUGUUUGAUCUGUUCAGCAUCCACCUUGGCUUCUUCCCGUGGAUGAGGCAGUUGGAGGGACUUCGGCAGGACAAUGGAGCCUGGGAGUGCCAGCACAGAAAUGGCGUUGCUCAGCAGUAUCCUAGCAGCAUAUUCAUUUAUCACAGAAAACCCCGAGCGAGCAGCUCUGUAUUUUGUGUCUGGCAUUUGUAUUGGACUCCUUUUGACCUUGGCGGCUUUAGUGCUCCGAAUCUCCUGUCGAACUGAUUGCAAAAAAUCAUCUACAAAAAAGCCGUCAUGGGACGCAGACAGUGACAGUAGUGGCAGCGACAAUGACUCAGACACCACAUCUGACCUGUCUGCACGAAGGCACCGCAGGUUUGAAAGGACUUUGAACAUGAACAUUUUUACCUCAUCCGAGGAGCUCGAGAGAGCUCAGAGACUGGAAGAAAGGGAGCGCAUCAUCCGGGAGAUAUGGAUGAAUGGGCAGCCGGAUAUUCCAGGGACCAGAAGUUUAAACCGCUAUUACUAAUGGCUGGCUAAUGAUGCCAUCUGGCAGUGCAGCCGUCGUGUCUUCUCCGCCUGCUGGGAAUUGUGGGCAGGCAGGGGGGGCGGGAGAGCAGAAAAAGAAUGGCUCUGCAAUGUCUUCCUUCCUUAUGCAAAGCACUUACCGAAGGCAUACUGACACUGUCAAGCAGGGACACGGUGCAUCUUUGCUAAUCCCAUUCCCCUAUGCAAACGCAAAAAUGUCUACGCUAUCUUCCUAAUCUUUCAAGAGUUUUAUGCAUUUUUCAAUUCUUUUCCCAUUUCAGGACUUCUUGGUAAAAUAUCUGUUAUGCAAUGAGCAGCUUAUGAUGCACAAAAUACACUGUUUUCUAGCAAAACAAAUUCUGUACAAAUUUUAAUGCAAAACUCACUGUCUAGUGAAAAAAAAAAUAUUUUUUGCAAAAAGUACUGAGACAUGAUAAAUAAUGAGGGGCUAUUUUCUUGAGAUAGUGUUGCAUAUGUCUAGGAAAAGGAAAUUUGAAGUCUUCUUUAAAUCAAAGUGUGAAACAUUCCAACAGUCACAUUCACCCCAGUGAUUACUACCUUUCCAAAGUAAGUACCUGGGAGUAUUUUAUUCAGAAAUUCCUCUUGACUUAUCUUUGGCGUUUGUUGUGGAGUAGAAAAGACCUUAAAAUAGAAAGGCUCCACUGAAUACUUGGGAAGCUAUGGCGUGGGUCCCCUCCCCAUGUGAGAAGAAUGGUUUUUUGCUCACCUAACAUUUCUGUGAGGAAUCUACUACAAUAUUAGUAAAAAAAUAAUAUUGAUGACGAAGGAGAUGAUGUAGAAAGGCAUGAUGAGGAACUAUCUUAUGACUCUGAAGAGGCAUGGGUUGACCUAGUUAUGAAAAAAGGAAAAACAACAAAGGAGGCAAACAAGAAAAAGAAAAGCUGUUUCAUAACUGGGGCUUCACACAUCUCAUGCUUGGAUGUUCGAUAUUAUAUUUUGUUGUUUCAGACCGUGUGCUUAAAAAUGCUUCAGUGGCAGCAUUCCUUUUCCCGACACCUCAGGGAUAAAGAUUUUCCCCCGGACACAUAUCCAUGGAUUCCCCAUUGCCUGUGCUUGCUUUUAACCCCAGCCUUCCUCCAACAGGAACCUUGUGUUAUUAUGGGAGUUGUGUCAGUGAUGAAUAAACUAUUAACAACCUCAAGGAGGUUUCAAGGGUGUGCAUGUGCAUGUGUGUGCCUACACACACAAUGUUCAAAAUUCUGCACUGUUUUUAAACAAGCUGUUUGUUUUAGAAUAUAUUUAUUCUAAAAAAGAGGGGGAGGACAUAUUCCAGAUAGGGCUUUUAUUCUACAAUAAGCUUGCCUCAAUCAUGGAAUGUUACAGAGGGUGGGUGGGUAUCUAGACAUCAUUGUUAUCCGUAGGUCAUAUUCAUGUAUUAUUUCAGUGUUUGCCCCCUAUAUUUUCUCUUUCCAAAAAAAAUCAGGUAAAGGAGAAGAGAGAAUGGCUACAUAUCCCUAUUUGCUGGUAUUACUAGAAGCUGUCCUUCUGGAAGUAGCCCAGGAAAGGUCAAAACAGCAUGCAAGGAUAAAAUAAAUGUUAAAUACACUCUACUGUC